AGAUGGGCGUGGUCUUGAGGGGCUUCUGUCGUUACAUGAGACCUGUGGACUUAACACGGACCUGAAGAAAUGAGGAAACAGAUUUUCAGUCUGGAUGUGCUGCAGUUUUCUGUCUUCUUACUGCAGGUUCACUUUUACUGGGGUCAGAACACACUGGUCGUUCCCUCUCAGCCAAUCAUAGCGCCCGUUGGCAGUGAUGUCACUCUGCCCUGUCAGUUGGACCCUGUUAAAGACCUCAGGGACAUGGUGGUGGAGUGGUCACGGCACGACCUGACGCCGCGCUACAUCCACAUCCGCCGGGACGGUGUGGACCUCCUCAUGGACCAGAACUCCCUGUACCUGGGCCGCACCUCUGUGUCCGAGAGCCGACUGCAGCAGGGGGACAUGUCCCUGAGUCUGACCAGAGUCAGGCUCAGUGAUGGGGGCACGUACAAAUGUUACAUUCCCCUGAUAAACAUCAAAGCAGAGGUCACUCUGCUGGUCGUGUCCGUGGCCCCUCCCUCGAUGAGCCUGAUCAAAGAGCGCUCGGGGUCUCCCGUGCUGAGGUGUGAGUCCAGGGGCUGGUACCCGGAGCCGGAGCUGGAGUGGCUGGACUCAGAGGGGACGGUUCUGCUCAGGACUGAGGCUCAGAGAGGAGCGAGCGAGGAGCUGUUCAGUGUGAGCAGCAGACUGAGUGUGGAGCAGAGGCUCGGCAACACGUUCACCUGCAGAGUGAGACAACAGGAGAGCGGCCAGAGCAGAGAGGCCCAGCUCAGCAUCACAGAUGAUUUUCUGGAGCCUUGUCCCUCCUGCUCUUUGUCCUGGAUCCUCUUCUCUUUGAGUUUGGUUCUGUUUCUUGCAGCAGUUGCUGUUUUGGUCGUGUGGAAGUGUAAAACUAAAAGAAAGAAAUCUGACAGUAAAAGCAUUGAACUUGGAGCAAAAGAAGAAAGAGAGAGUAUGAUGAAGAAAGAAGAAAUAGAGAGUAUGAUGAAUAAAGAAGAAAGAGAGAGUAUGAUGAAGAAAGAAGAAAUAGAGAGUAUGAUGAAGAAAGAAGAAAGAGAGAGUAUGAUGAAGAAAGAAGAAAUAGAGAGUAUGAUGAAGAAAGAAGAAAGAGAGAGUAUGAUGAAAGAAGAGAUGAUAAAUCUACUGAAGCAACAAGACGAGACACAGAGACUUCACCUGAAGGAAAACCUGGAGAAGAUUGAGACUGAGCUGCUUUAUAUCAAUGAUGUGAUCAACAGACUGACUGUGGAAAAAGAUGUAUCAAUGAAACUCAAGGAGAAACCUCUGGAAGCGAUUCAUAAUCUGAAGAUUUUAAUAGAGACAGAGAAAAAAAGGUUGGGUCCUACAUUGAUUAAGGAUAAAUCUAACCAACAGACACAGUACAUUUAUGCUCGGGAGGAAGAAAAGAAGGUGUUUGAGAAAAUGGUUGAAGACCUUAAUAAACAAAUAAAGACAUUAGAGGAGGUGAUUUCAGUGUCAUUACAGAGAAAAGGACAGUGGGAGGCAGAACUUCAGCAGAUGGAAAAACAAAACAAGCAUCAGGAAACAAAGACACAGCAGGAGACAAGAGAAGAAGAAGAAAAGAUGAAUGUUCAGGUGAACGCUCAUGAUCAGCCUCAAGGAGAUCAGGCUCAGAACAAACAGAGAAAUACAGAUCAGGACGUAGAUGAGAUAUGUGGUAGGGUGAAUAUUAUGGGACUAAAUGAUAAAUGAUAAUAAUGAAUUUUCUUGAUUUGCAAAAGGUCCAUAUGACACUAUUUUCUGAUCUGUUCUAAUGUCGUUUCCUCACCACAAACAAACCUGGAGAUGUGUUUUGUUUCAUUCACACAUGUUUAACACACAAACCCUGCAGAAAACGCUCUGUUCCACCUUGUGAUGUCAUCAUGUGGCAAUACAGGAAGUGCUCCAUUGUGUUUUUAAAUUUCAUAAUUCAUUCAAAAUGUGCCUGACAAAUAUCUUGUUCUUUUGUAUUUGUAAAUAUAACCCAACAUCACCAGUUUCCUUUUGCCUGUCCAAAAGUGCCAGUGUCAUUGUGUUUAACAGCUGUACAUUUAUUUGAUUUGAAUUAAAACAUCUCUGAAUG